CCGAACACCAGAACCAGAGGAGCUGAAGGAGCUGAAGGAGCUGAAGGAGCUGCAGCAGUACAGAGUUACAGGAACAAACUCUACCAGACAGGAGGAAUAAACUUUACCAGACAGGAACAAACUCUACCAGACAAGAGGAACAACCAGGAACACACUUUACCAGACAGGAACAACCAGGAACACACUUUACCAGACAGGAACAAACUUUACCAGACAGUAUUUGCAGCCAGAAUAAACGAGGUCAGGACGUUCUCCUUCAUCAUGGACAGAAACAGCCACUCUGAGGACUCUCUGUCAUCGCUGCUGCUGGAGAACAUCAAGAACAAACUGCUGGAUGCCUUCAGAACCUCAGUGGAGAACAGAGACGUUCCUCAGGGUUCCUUCAGACCCGUCAGGAGUCUUCAGGUCAACGAGGAGCUGCGAAGAGCCAAAAUAGACGGAGCUUUGACCUGGUUGAGGUCUGAACUGAUGGAGAUGCGCUCUCAGGACCUUCAGCUCGCUCAGACUCUCCUGGGGCUGAACUCUGAGAUCCAGAGGCUGAGGAGGGAAAGUUGUGGAGGUCUGGAGGUGGAAGGAGAAGAACAGCAGUGAUGGACCAGCAAAGGAACCUUCAGAGGGAGGAAGCAUCAGACGGAGGUACCUUCACUGGAGGAAGCUUCAGAGGGAGGAACCUUCCCUGGAGGAAGCUUCAGAGGGAGGAACCUUCCCUGGAGGAAGCUUCAGAGGGAGGAACCUUCUCUGAAAGACGAGGAGGAGGAACCUUCUCUGGAGGACCAACAGGAGGAACCUUCUCUGAAGGAUGAGGAGGAGGAACCUUCUCUCAGGGACCAGCUGGAUGAAACUUCACAAGGAGGAACACUCUCUGGAGGAACCUCCAGAGAGAGGAACCUUCUCUGGAGGACCAGCAAGAGGAACCUUCAGACAGGCGAACCUUCUCUGGAGGAACCUGGAAUAUCGUCUGAAGAACUGACUGCAGCAGCUGGAACAUGAAUGUUUCUGUACAUAAAUAAAUAACUUCUGUAGGUUCAACUGAAAACAGACUGUGAUGGUUGUUUAGAUAUUUUUGCACUGAAGGAGAGUUUUGCUGCAGAAACUGAUUUAUUUUCUCAGAUCGGUUAAGAAACAAGACGAUUUGAAUGUAAAGAUAAAAAUAUAAAUAAAAAUAAUGAAAUAAAAGCAGCGUCAGGUC